UUUACCAUUCUUUUUUUUUUAUUAUUAAAAAAAAAAGAAAAAAUUUUACAAUUCUUAUUUGGCUUAACUUGGAGAAGUUGUUGUGACUGUGGUUUGAUACAUUUGUCAACGUUAUUUUUCAGAUUUCUAAAAUCACCCAUACCAUUUUCUUUUCCUCUCCCAAUCGCACGAAUUUUUAUGUUCUCUCUCUUAACUAGCCUCCAUACCCUCUCUUACCACCAACUUUGUAGCUCCGGCGAUAUUCCUCCAUCAUAAGUGACGGUCGGAUCCAAUUGAGUCAUACCCACGAGCUGCACCCCAAGCCGCACCCAUAAGACCGAGCCUUGUCGUCGCCUACCGAGUCCGAUAGCCUCCUUCGCCGCAUACGGAGUCCAACCGCACCCGUCGCCGCCAAUAUCCACGAGACCGGAGCCAUCUCUAUCAAUCCCAAGAUUCCAUCUUCUUUCUCUAUUUCAAAAGUUAAGGUGAGGUUGAGAGAGAGAGAGAACAAGAGAAUACGUGAUAUUGGGAAAGUGAAAAAAAUAGGUGCAUAAAAAUGGAAGGUAUUGUCGUUAGAAGGGUGAUUCCAUCAGACAAUAGUUGUCUUUUCAAUGCAGUUGGGUAUGUCAUGGACCAUGACAAACUAAAAGCUCCACAACUGAGACAGGUUAUAGCUGCAACUGUGGCAAGUGAUCCAGCAAAGUAUUCGGAAGCAUUUCUUGGAAAGCCAAAUGAAGAGUAUUGUGCGUGGAUUCUCGACUCGGAUAAGUGGGGUGGUGCCAUUGAGCUGUCAAUAUUAGCUGAACACUAUGGACGUGAGAUCGCGGCUUAUGAUAUCCAAAACACACGAUGUGAUUUGUACGGACAGGAAAUGAGGUACUCUGAGCGGGUCAUGCUGAUCUAUGAUGGACUUCACUAUGAUGCUUUAGCUAGUUCUCCCUUUGAAGGAGCACCAGAGGAGUUCGAUCAGACUAUAUUUUCCGUGCAGCCGGACAGAACUAUUGGCUCAGUUGAAGGAAUUGCUCUUAACUUUAUAAAGGAGCAACAAAGGAAAAGGAGUUUCACAGACACCUCUAACUUCACGUUGCGCUGUGGGGUAUGCCAAAUCGGAGUGAAGGGCCAAAAGGAGGCUGUUGAUCAUGCGAGGGCUACAGGCCAUGCCAACUUUCAAGAAUACAGAUAACAAACUGUAGAAAAUAAAAGAACCAGAAUCAAGAGAGUAGGACAAUGACAGAUCAAUGCGCUCUUCAAUGGGGAUUAUUCAGUCGUUGUGUUCUUCACUACCCCUUACAGACUUUUCAAUUUUUAUACCGUGUUAUUUAAAAAUCAAUUUUUUGGUUAUAUGUUUAACCAGGAAUAAAGAAACUACAGAUGUCCAUUCAAUUGUUGUAUUUGAUGUUGUGCCCUACUUACAUAAAUAAGGUAGAAGAAAAGCUAGUUUACAUAAGAGAUAUUAGCAGCGGUAAAAUUACUUGAAAUUAAUGGAUUGUAACACUUUAUAAAUUUAUUUUUUGAAGGCAAAAUUUAUUGAACUUCUAUUUUGUUUUGGUAUU